AUGUCGUUGACCCGUCUCAACCGAUUGGCUCCAGUGCCCACACUGGUCCGUGCCGCAUCCACCGCUGCAUCGGGCUACAAGUUUGACAAUGCCCGUUACGGAAAGAACAUCGUCCUCAUUGAGGGUGUGCGAACACCCUUUACAAUGUCCCAGACGGACUACAAUGAUCUGAUGGCGUAUGAACUGCAACGUGAUGCCCUUGUAGCUCUUAUGAAGCGAGUAAACAUCCCAAAGGAAACGAUUGACUACGUGAUUUGCGGCACUGUCAUUGCUGAACCAAAGCUUCCAAACGUUGCUCGAGAGGCCGUUUUGGCUGCUGGAUUCCCUCUGAACAUACCUGCAAACACUGUCACUCAGGCUUGCGUCUCUGCAAAUCAGGCAAUUACAAGUGCCAUUGGAUAUAUCAACUCGGGCACCUAUGACGUGGUCGUCACCGGAGGUGUUGAGACAAUGAGCGAUGUGCCUAUUCGCCAUUCACGAAAGAUGCGUCGUCUGUUGCUUCAAGUAAACAAGGCCAAAACUCUUGGUCAGCGACUCUCUUUGGCCACCCAGAUACGUCCAGACUACUUUGCUCCUGAGCUUCCGGCAAUCAGCGAAUUCUUUUCGCAAGAGGUAAUGGGCCACAGUUCAGACCGUCUUGCUGCUGCUUUCAAGGUGUCGCGACGAGAACAGGACGAAUACGCUCUCCGUUCUCACACACUGGCUGAUAAAGCGUUCAAGGAUGGCAAUCUAAGCGACAUUGAGCCCAUCUUUGUCAGCAAAAAGGGCAUGGUCACCAAAGACAAUGGUGUUCGCCUGUCUACCAUUGAGAAGAUGUCCAGUCUGAAGCCUGCUUUCAUCAAGCCACAUGGCACGGUCACUGCAGCCAACGCGAGCUACCUAACAGACGGCGCUUCGGCGGCUUUGAUCACCACCGAGGCGAAGGCUAAGGAGCUGGGCCUGAAGCCCAAGGCCUUCCUCCGACAGCACCUGUACGUGUCGCAGGACCCCAAGGACCAGUUGCUGCUUGGACCUGCCUAUGUUACCAGCAAACUCUUGGAGCGUACUGGCCUCAAAAUUAGUGAUAUUGAUGUUUUUGAAUUUCACGAGGCUUUUGCUGGCCAAAUUCUCGCCAACCUGAAGGCACUGGACUCGAAGUUCUUUGCAACCAACUACCUGGGAAGAGCCGACAAGGUGGGUGCCCCAGACCUGGCCAAGUUCAACACGUGGGGAGGAUCCCUUUCAAUUGGCCACCCCUUUGGCGCUACCGGAAUUAGAUUGGUCACUACUGCUGCUAAUCGAUUGGCCAAGGAAAAUGGACGUAUCGCUUUGGUUGCCGCUUGUGCCGCUGGCGGAAUCGGCCAUGGCAUCAUCGUCGAGCGCUACCCUUGA